CCAGUACACGAGCACACGAGCAACAACAAAAGGUAUGCCUUGCCUUCCUGUAGCACCGGUAAAACUAGCAAGAGAAGACGAAAGUGCUACAGCUGCAAUUCAUUUAUUUUUCAUCCAUUCCCUCAUCCGCGUGCAAAUGUUAAUCGGUGGAUAUCAACUACACGAUUCUUCUUCUUAUUAGUCAUUCAGUUUUGGGUCGGACCAAUCGGCGCCAGAGCGUCAUCGCAAUCGCCUUUUCCAUAUACGCACGCAUGUUGCCUCGCGACUUUUCGUCCUUUACCUCUUACUUGCCACCUUGAUCUCCCACUCUUUCAUUUCUCCCCUCCCCUUCCUUUCCCUCCCACCUUUUUCGCGAUGCUGCGCUCCGCUCGUGGCCAGCUUCCAAUCGCUCACAGACAUGUAUCGACAUCGCGUGCUUUUCGACGGAGCUACGCUGCACUAACGGACCCUUCGAGUUUCCCAAAAGUCGGCGAGAAGCUUCAUGGCUUCACCCUCAAGCGCGUCAAGCAAGUCCCUGAGUUAGAGCUGACUGCUCUGCAACUUCAACACGACAAGACGGGCGCCGAUUACCUACACAUUGCUCGCGAUGAUGCCAACAAUGUUUUCUCCAUUGGCUUCAAGACAAAUCCCCCGGACGACACCGGUGUGCCACAUAUCCUCGAACACACCACAUUAUGUGGCAGUGAGAAAUAUCCCGUACGCGACCCAUUCUUCAAGAUGUUGCCUCGGUCAUUAUCGAAUUUCAUGAAUGCCUUCACUUCGUCGGAUCACACCACUUAUCCGUUCGCAACCACCAACGCAAAAGAUUUUCAAAAUCUCAUGUCCGUUUAUCUAGAUGCGACACUUCACCCCUUAUUACAGGAAAAUGACUUCACACAAGAGGGCUGGCGGAUAGGUCCCGAGAACCCAUUAGCUGCCCAGGAGGAGGGUUCCGAGGACGCGAAGCGCUUGGUUUUCAAAGGCGUUGUAUACAAUGAAAUGAAAGGCCAAAUGUCGGAUGCGAGCUACCUGUACUACAUCAGAUUCCAAGAUCACCUCUUCCCGGCCAUCAACAACUCUGGCGGAGAUCCACAAAAAAUCACGGACCUUACCUGGGAACAGCUGCGGAAAUUUCACGCUGAUCACUACCAUCCCAGCAACGCCAAGUUAUUGACGUACGGAAACAUGUCUUUGACCGAGCAUCUGAAGGAAAUUGAUGCUCGCUUGAAAAGCUUCAGUAAAAUUGCCGUCGAUCAUGACAUCAAGUUGCCUAUCGAACUUCACGAGCCCAAACAUGUCACUGUCCCUGGUCCUUUGGACCCACUGGUCCCUGCCGAUAGGCAAUUCAAGACAUCAAUAACCUGGUUAAUGGGCGACACCACAGACGUCCUGGAGAACUUCUCACUUGGUCUCUUGAGCAGUUUGUUGAUGGAUGGAUAUGGGUCGCCGUUAUAUCGCAAUCUUAUUGAAUCUGGUCUUGGUGCCGAUUUCAGCCCAAACACAGGCUACGACAGCGCGGGAAAGAGGGGUGUGUUUUCUGUCGGCCUUAAUGCUGUGAAAGAAGAAGAUGUACCCAAGGUUCGAGAAGCGAUCGCCAAAACUUUUAUUGAAGCUCGAAACAAUGGGUUCGAGAAGAUUAAGAUUGAUGGUAUUCUUCAUCAACUCGAACUUUCUUUGAAGCACAAGUCCGCACACUUUGGAAUGAACAUCAUGCAAAGACUCAAGCCUGGCUGGUUCAACGGCGUUGAUCCCAUGAACGCUCUUGCUUGGCAAGAGACAGUGGAGGCUUUCCAAAAGAAACUUGCAGGUGGAAAUUAUCUCGAAAGUCUUGUUGACAAGUAUCUUCUCAACGAUAAAACGUUGACAUUUACCAUGGCACCUUCCGAGACAUACAGUCAAGAGCUUGUGGAGGAGGAGAAGGCUCGACUUGCGGAGAAGAUUGCCGAAACCACGAAGCAAUUUUCAAGCAAAGAAGAGGCUCAAAAGUAUCUGGAGCAGAGAGAGAUGGAGCUAUUGGAGGUCCAAGAAAAUGCCCGAAACCAAGAUCUCAGCUGUCUGCCGACAGUCCACGUCAAAGAUAUUCCGCGCGAAAAGGAACGAAAGCCACUUCGACACACAUCCGUUGGUGACGUUAAGGUACAGUGGCGUGAAGCACCGACUAAUGGCCUGACAUAUUUCCGUGCUGUGCACAUGCUCCAGAACCUUCCAGAUGAACUAAGACAAAUGAUUCCACUUUUCACCAGUGCUCUCAUGCGGCUCGGGACAAAAGACAAGACGAUGGAGAAGCUAGAAGAGCUAAUCAAGUUGAAGACAGGUGGUAUUUCUGUGGGGUAUCACUCUUCGCCAUCACCUCACGCUCUUGAUCAGUUUUUGGAAGGACUCACCUUCACCGGAUACGCUCUAGAUCGUAACAUACCUGAUAUGUACAAACUUCUUCGGACACUGAUAAUGGAGACAAACUUCGAAGGACCCGAAGCCGAGAAGAAAAUACGGGAGCUGCUCCAAUCCUCGGCAAGCGGUGCAAUCAACUCAAUCGCCGAAUCAGGCCACUCAUUUGCUCGGACAUUUGCAGAGGCCAGCUUAACACCUGUUGGGAGACUCAAUGAACAGACAGGAGGAUUGACGCAAGUGAAGUUCACGACAGGACUGGCAUCCCGGUCACCCACAGACUCUUUGAGCGAUGUUAUGCAGAAACUGAAGGCCAUCCAAGCCUUUGCUAUCGCGAACACUAAUCAACUCCGCGUCGCCCUAAAUUGUGGCGGUGAGAGUUCAAAUCCCAACCAGGAAGCGCUUCGCCGCUUUCUAGACAGCCUCCCGAAAGAGACUAAAUAUCCAGCUCCUGCCCAGAAUCAGUACACAAGGAACGCGAAGUCGUUUUUCCCACUCCCAUACCAAGUCUACUACUCGGCGCGAGCAGUAUCCACUGUUCCUUAUGUCGACGCUGCUGGUGCACCCUUGGAGAUUCUUGCCCAAUUAUUGACACACAAGCAUCUCCACCACGAAAUCCGGGAGAAAGGUGGCGCUUAUGGAGGAGGGGCAUACUCUCGCUCCCUAGGGGGAUUGUUCGGCAUGUACAGUUACCGGGACCCCAACCCCCAGAACACCAUGUCUAUCAUGGCUGAAGCGGGUCAGUGGGCACGGGACCGGACCUGGACUGCUCAGGACUUGGAAGAAGCCAAACUGAGCGUCUUCCAAGGCUAUGAUGCCCCUCAGACAGUGAGCCAAGAAGGCAUGCGGCUUUUCCUCUCAGGAAUUACCGAUGAUAUGCUACAGACACGACGGGAACGUUUGUUGGACGUCACUGCAGAAGACGUUCAACGCGUUGCCGAUCAAUUCCUUGUCCAACGGGCUUCAGAAAGUAGCGUUGCAGUUCUGGGCGAGAAGAAGGAUUGGGCGACCCCUUCCAACGGAUGGGAAAUCCAGGAUCUGCACAUGGCAGAGAACAUGGAGCAGAUUGCACAGCAGGUUUCUGACGAGCCUGCUGCUAUCAUUAACUAA